CCCAAAGGAGCUCGAGGGGUCGAGAUUCGAAGCACACAAGGGACUGAACGGCAAGGAAUUCAAGACGCCUUCUGCCCGCUUAAGGCGCUCUACUGCAAUGGACAUCACCAAGUCGAUGGUCUCCCUAAGGGAGAAGGCCUUGCUGUACGGCGACUACUCGACAUACCGGUCGCAGCUAUCGGGCAAGCUGCUCAACUGCCGUAAGAAACUCAACAUCGCGACCAAGAACCGCGGGAGAUUCAACCCCAGGGCCCCCGUCACGCCCGAGCAGAUCGCCGAGAAUCAUGAAUACGUUUACCUGCAGCUGCUGACCGCCGAGCGAGCGUGGGCCCAUGCCAUGUCCAUGAAGACGUCCCACUCGGCUGACACCAAGGGCAUGACGAGCAAGGCUCGGUCACACGUCGUCUCGCGACUGGAAAAGGCCGCACGCACUGCCGAGGGGCUCUCGGAGGCCCUUUCAUCCCCCACCAGCGGCGCCUCCCCUACGGACAUCCUCGAUGCUCGCGCCUACGCCGCCCUGCUUAGGGGAGCCGCCCUGUUCGAGAAGCAGAGCUGGGAGCCUUGUCUGAAGAGCUACGCUGUCUGCCGUAUCAUAUACAGCGCCCUGGCGACCUCCGCUAGGGGCGACGCCUUCAGGGAUCUUCUUUCCGAAACCAUCGACCCAUCGAUUCGCUACGCCGCGUACCAGGCGAAGAUACCCCGGACGCAGCCCAUCGCUGCCAUUGUACGCAAGGCUUUUGACCACGCCGACCCGGAAGUGGUAGAUCGAGUCAAGAGCCUGAAUCCUGCUGUACUCGAGCACGGCGAUCCGGACGCAAGGAAAGGAGCUGAGGGCGCUCCGACGACCCUGGUGUGGCGUGGAAGGGAAGUCAAGAUCGAAGAUGCCGCGAUCGCGAUCGCCUGGGCUGCUGUAGGUACCGCAAGGGGUCAGUUGGCCGAGAAACUGGCAUCGGCUGCGUCAUUGCAUCCCAAGGACAUGGCCGGGGCAUACGACGAGAUCCUGAACGCCAGCCAGGACGCUGUCGAUGCCACGAAGCAAGCCAUUGAUGAGCUCAGGGCUGAGGGAGUGACGCAAGGUGAUCCGCGCAUGCAGAGCCUGCAGAUUACGCGGACAGCGGUGAACUACGAGAUGAUCAGCUGGCGCAUUGGCCGCAACAGGGUCCUUGUUGGCGGAAAUGAUGGCAUGAAGCUCGAGUUCGGCGUUCCUUCGCGAAUAAAAAGACAGGCGGACGAAUCAACAGGAGACAGGAGCAAGGACGAAGCUCCCGGUCGGCAGAUUGCGAGGUUGAAGGAGAAAGUCGUUCUGUACGAUGGCAUCUUGCAGAGUCUCGAGUCCAUCAAGGAGCUUCCUGGCGUGGCAAACGACCAGGAGUUGUCAGCACGGCUAGAGGCUACAUCGCAGUACUUCACCGCAUUGAAAUGCCUCGCAAUUGCCCGCUCGCACGCCAUCGCAGGCAAUGCCGUCAACUCGCUCGCCCUGAUCAAGCACGCCCUCGAUCAAUGCAAGGCUGCGGUCCCGGCCCUUUCCAGCCAAGAAGAGGACGCCUUCGCGCCCCGCAACAUCCAAGUCACCAACCGCGACAUGAGCCUGCUUCAUAACACCCUGACCGGGGAGUUACAGCGCGGCCGUGCCCUGGUAGAGAUCUUCAACCAGACUAGAGCACCACACACUCCUCAGUCGGCAAUGACAGUGUCGGCGAAGCCCCUGUCUAGCCAGUUGUCUGGCUACCCCUCCGGCGGGGUCGACCUCGACAACAUCGUCGUCUAUCCUCCGCGGCUGGAGCCCUUCCCUGUCAAGCCGCUGUUCCUGGACGUAGCCUGGAAUUACAUCGAGUACCCGCACAGGCGGGAGGAAACUGGUGUGAAAGAAGCAGCUAGGGCGCAGGAGAAGGCCGGCUCGGCAACAGAGGCGAAGCCCCAGAAGCGGGGCUGGUUUGGUUUCGGAAGGUAAUCAUUUCUAUAUACCGGGGGCGAAAGGUGAAAUGCCAAGUACAGACCGCUUUAACGCGGAUUGCAAUAUACACUUCAGCCAUCUGCUCCUCAUCGAGCAUCGUGCAAAGGAAGCCACAGCAGCCUCGGGUAGCCAUCUGUCUACAUUGCGCCACAGGUACAAAACCAUGUACAGCUAUAGGAGUUGCACACAUGUAUGCGCGAUGCCCUUGCCAUUGCGCUGCCGCUGACGGACCCUGGACGCAAUCGAACGGAUUAACCACAACAGCAACAAUCACAACCGCCCCGAGUCUGGCCCUGGAUGCGUUGAGCGGACAUACAAAACAUCAUCAAGCAGCAAGUUAUUCCUCAUGUCACGAGUCACUUAGACGGCCGCACAUCGAUCGAGGCACCGGAGAG